UUUUUUUUUUUUUUAANUUUUUUUUUUUUUAAUUCGAUGGUGUGAUAAAGAUUCAAUCUUUGAUUCACUGAAAUGAGGAAUUUCAGUGGGGAUUCCCUGUUUUUGGGUGUAAUCUUCUUCUUGGCGGUGGGUGUUUCUGUAUCUUUGGGUCUCAGUUCAGAUGGGUUCUCGCUUUUAGCUCUGAAAGCUGCCAUUUUUUCCGGCGAAUCUGAGGUUCUAGGGAGCUGGUCGGAAUCGGACUCGUCUCCUUGCCGGUGGGCUGGAGUGACGUGUGACCAUAACCGCCGAGUCACCGGCGUUUCCCUUUCCAACGGCAACUUCUCCGGCUACAUUCCGUCGGAGCUCGGCGCUCUCUCCUCUCUUCUCUCCCUUGACCUCUCCCACAACUUUUUCUCCGGGCCCUUGCCGCCGCAGAUCACCGCCCUCACUAACCUCACUCACCUCGACCUUUCUUCCAAUUUCCUCAAUGGGUCUCUCCCGCCGGAGCUUAACGCCCUCUCCAACCUCGCCGGAACUUUGAACCUUUCGUAUAACACGUUUUCCGGCGAAGUUCCGGCGUCGUACGGACGGUUUCCGGUAGCAUUGAGCCUGGACCUCCGGCACAACAAUCUCUCCGGGAAGAUUCCGGCGGAAGGGUCGCUGUUGAACCAGGGACCCACCGCCUUCUCCGGCAACCCAUACCUCUGCGGGUUCCCAUUGGCAACUCCAUGCCCGGAGCCCGAAGCCCGAAACCCAAACCCGGAAAACCCUCAAAGCCCGGAUUUUUUCCCGAAUGGGCAUUCAGAACAUAAAGGAAAACAGAAACUCAGGUCGGCGACGGUUUCUUUAAUUUCCGGCGUGUCCAUAGUGAUCGGCGCGGUGUUUCUUUCACUCUGGGUACUCCGGAAAAAAUGGAACCUCACCGAGGGCAAAACCCGGAAAGAGACUCUGGGCAUGACGACGGAGGGGCCCACAAGCGAAGAAGGGCAAAAGGGGAAAUACAUCGCCGUCGACGAAGGGUUCUCGUUGGAAUUAGAAGAUUUGCUGAGAGCAUCCGCGUAUGUGGUCGGAAAGAGCCGGAGUGGGAUAGUCUACAAAGUGGUGGCCGGCGGCGGGAGGGCCACGGCGGCGAGCGGCGGCGGCGCCACUGUGGUGGCAGUGAGACGCCUAAGCGAAGGAGACGCCACGUGGCGGUUCAAAGAGUUCGAAUCAGAGGUUGAAGCCAUUGGAAGGGUUCACCAUCCAAACAUUCUUAGACUCAGAGCUUAUUACUAUGCCAGUGAUGAGAAGCUUCUGGUUACUGAUUUCAUCUGCAAUGGAAGCCUUCGCAAUGCUUUACAUGGAGGACCUGGCGUUUCCUUGCCAACACUGUCGUGGCCGGCCAGAUUGAAGAUCGCCCAAGGCGUUGCUAGGGGUCUGGUGCACAUUCACGAGUGCAGUCCCAAGAGAUACAUUCACGGGAACAUAAAAUCGUCGAAAAUCCUCCUUGACGACGAGCUGCAGCCUUACAUCUCCGGUUUUGGGCUAACCCGCCUCGUGUCAAAUGCCUCGAGGCUCACGAGCUCAGCUUCCAAAAAGAUGAGCUCCGCCAAUCAGGUCACACUAAGCCCGAGAAGCUCGACCUCGCCAUCCCUUGCAUACAAGGCGCCUGAAGCCCGUGUCUCGGGCAGCAAGCUAACGCAGAAAUGCGAUGUCUACUCCUUCGGGGUAGUGCUUCUGGAGAUCUUAACCGGUCGAGUGCCAGAGGGAGGGCCCGACGAGGAUGGCAAGGGGCUAGAGGACACGGUGAGGAAGGUUUUCCAGGACGAAAGGCCGCUGUCAGAGAUCAUAGAUCCCGCGCUCCUGCACGAGGUUCAGUCCAAGAAACAGGUCGUCGCGACGUUUCACAUUGCCUUAAACUGCACCGAGUUUGAUCCCGAGUGUCGGCCUAGGAUGAGAACAGUUGCUGAAAGUCUAGAACGCAUCGGUUUGCAAUGAGAAGAACAUGAAACUGGGGUUUCUCUUUUGGUGGCAACUAAUGUUUAUAGGUAUUCCUAGGCUGUAUGUGAUUCUUGUUUGUACUAUACAUUGAAACAUCAAUGGUGAUUUGAAUUAGUGUUGGUUGGAUUGAAAA